GGAAGCAGCUGGGAUUGAAUCAGAGACAAAAUCAGGAUGCAGGAUUAUGAUGUGAUAGUGCUUGGAACUGGAAUUAAGGAAUGUGUCCUGUCUGGCCUAAUGUCUCUGAGUGGGAAAAAGGUCCUUCACAUCGACAAGAACUCUUACCAUGGAGGAGAAAGUGCUUCCAUUUCUCCCCUCGAGGAGCUGUACAGACGGUUUAAGGUUCCAGGCCCUCCUAAAUCGAUCCGACGAGGGAAAGAGUGGAACGUGGAUCUCGUCCCCAAGUUUUUUCUUGCCACUGGCCAGCUGGUAAAGAUAUUGGUGCACACUGAGGUGACUCGCUACCUGGACUUCAAAGUUGUUGAAGGGAGUUAUGUGUUCAAAGCAGGCAAAGUGCACAAAGUCCCUGCCACAGAGGAGGAUGCGCAGAGCUCAGAUCUGAUGGGCAUGUUUGACAAGAGGAGGUUCAAGAAGCUGCUGCACUUUGUCCUGAACUUUGACACGAGAAACCCUCGCACUCACCAGGACGUGGAUCCUGAAAAAACGACCACGCGAGAGCUGUUCAGCCGCUUUGACCUGGGACAGGACGUCAUAGAGGUCACAGGUCACGCCAUAGCCUUACACUCCAGCGAGAGCUACUUGGAUCGGCCCUGUUUGGAAACCAUCAACCGGAUCAGGCAGUACUGCGAGUCUUUGUCCCGCCACAACAGCAGUCCGUACCUGUACCCGCUGUAUGGCCUCAGCGAGCUACCGCAGGGAUAUGCCAGACUGAAUGCAGAGUAUGGAGGAACCUUCCUGCUGAACAAACCAGUGGAUGAAAUUGUCAUGGACAGCGGCAAAGUGAAAUCUGUCAAAUCGGAUGGGAAGGUUUUCCACUGUAAGCAGUUAAUCUGUGAUCCCAGCUACGUUCCUAACCGGGUCAGGAAAAUGGGACGUGUCAUUAGGGUUAUCUGCUUAUUAAAUCAUCCAGUUAAAAACACCCAUGAGGCCAGCUCCUGUCAGAUCAUCAUCCCUCAGGCAGAGCUGAACAGAAAGUCAGACGUUUACAUAUGUGUAGUGUCCUACAGUCACAGCUUGGCCUCGGACGGGAUGUACAUCGCCACGGUGAGCACGACUGUAGAAACCAACAAUCCAGAGAAAGAAGUGGAGCCGGCCCUGGAGCUCCUGGAACCCAUCAUGCAGAAAUUUGUCUCCGUCACCAACGUGCUGGUUCCGAACGAGGACGGAAGAAAGAGUCAGAUAUUUGUGUCCCGGUCUUAUGAUGCAACAAACCACUUUGACUCCGAGUGUGAGGACAUCAAAGAUAUGUACCGGCGGAUCACCGGAGCAGAGCUCUGCUUCGAAAGACCUCGCAAUCUGUCCCACAACUCCGACAACGACUGAGAGAGCCGUCCGCAUCAGGAACGCUCUGUUGAACAGACAAGAUGGCUACCACACACAAGCAGUUCUGUAGUUAUAGAGUGAAUCCUGAUUGAUAAUGUAAAUAUUGGAAAUCCCCUUUUCUCCUUUUGAUUGUUAUAAUUGGUUCUGUUUGAAAAAGCCCGCAUGAAACGUUGUAAUUUUUGAGUCCUGUACCUCCCCUGUGUGAUUAUUUUUUUGUGUUAUUUUGUGUAGUUCUUAUAUUUAUAAUUUUGAUACACAUAUUAGGGCCAUUAUAUAUGGGAGUGGGGGAAUAGCAGUAAA